UAAAUACUACUGAUAUAAUACAAUUCAUUACAAUUUCAACUUCUUCAUUUUCUCAUUACAGAGUACCCAGUCAAUUAUACACUGCCAUCUCUGAAUAUGGAGCAAGAUCCAGGCUUUAUCGCUGCCGUGGAGCAGGCAAAGAAAGGUGGCGCUGAAGGUGGUGUGCCCAUAGGCGCAGCUCUGGUCUCGAAGGACGGAAAGCUUCUCGGGGUUGGUCACAAUAUGCGCGUUCAGAAAGGGAGUGCGACUCUGCAUGCUGAGAUGUCCGCCCUCGAAAACUCCGGUCGUCUGCCCGCUUCGGCCUACGAAGGUGCUACCAUGUACACCACCCUCUCGCCCUGCGACAUGUGCACUGGUGCCUGUAUCCUAUACAAGGUGAAGCGGGUCGUUGUUGGAGAGAACAAGAACUUUAUGGGUGGCGAGGAAUACCUGCGGAGCCGAGGCAAGGAAGUGAUUGUUUUGGAUAAUGCGGAGUGCAAGCAGAUCAUGGAGAAGUUUAUCAAGGAAAAGCCAGAGCUUUGGAACGAGGAUAUCUCCGUCUAGAAAACAUGAAAACCAGACGUGUAGACAGAUGAUAUGAUUCGAUUAAUAUUUGCAUAAUGAGAACACUUUUUUAGGGCAGUGGAUACAUUAUCGUCGCAUAUCAACGGCCUCAAG